AUGACAACCCUAGACAUGAAUGAGAGGAUGCUGAAACAGCGAGGCGCAUUGGAGGCUACAAUGAUGUCCAGCGACUCGAGUAUGAAUGCCACACAACACAGCAGCAUGACUGAAGGAAAAGAGCAUACGAACGAGAUGCAAGAUUGCGAAGACUUCAUGGACGAGGCGUUUUCAAACCGAAGCUCACGUGAUAUGGAUGUAAGUCCUUCCUCGCACAUAGAGGCAUCGGAUGAAGGGUUCGUUGCAGCUCGAAGGAGAGAACUGUAUUACAACAACUUCGAGGCAGAGCAGGGUAGUGGGAGGAUCGUAUACCCACUCUAUUACGUCAUCCAUCUCCAGAUCCGUACCAUCCUUCAUCUGGCACUUCCUCUCCGCCAUUCCGAAGACAUGUACAAGGACAAGGAGAUCCCAGGACGAACGGGGGUUGUGAGGAUUCUGCAGUCGGACAAAUCCAGCCUACAUGAAAUCACUGAAAGGAUCUGA